GAGCGAGCGAAAUUGGAAAUCGCGUUUUAAGACGCUAUUUUUUGGCGGUUCUUUCUCGUCCCUUCGUCUAGCUUAUGUGCACUUAUUCGAUGAACAAGGUUCUUCAGUUCGGUCUCCAAAGCUCCGUUAUCAGUGUCGCCAAGUUUCUGGCGGUGCCUCUUAGGAGCUUAAGAAUUGGAACAACAAUUUUCAACAAGAGACUUAUGUCAAAUGCUACGGCUAAAUCCGUACCUUUCUCAAUCAACAACAGCAAGGGAAAGGAACUCAAGAUAGUAGGGGCAGCUACUGAUCAGAAUUGUCAUCAAAUGGGAAGUGAUAGUGAUAGAGAUGAAAUGAGAAUUGUUCACGAUGAUCAAAAGGAAAUCGAGACAAUGACUGUUCAAGAACUUAGAGCUACAUUGAGGAAACUUGAGCUACCUGUGAAAGGACGCAAGCAAGAACUUAUCUCAGUGUUACGACUUCAUAUGGGGAAAAAGUUACCAGAUGAAAGUUCUGGUGUAGACAAAAAGGAAACUACUUCGUCCACCCGUUCAGGAAGUGUCACUACCAAAAGAAAAAUCAGAAAUAAGGAAGAGUCUACUGAAGAUGACUGCAUUAGCUCUGAAGUUUAUGGGAAUGACCAUGGAGAGAGAAGAGUAAAACAGACUACUGAGAAAAACUUGAAAGCUAAAGUUUCCUCAAAAGCUAUCUCAAACGAACGGAAGUCAAUGACGAAAACAGGUAAGCAGACAUCUCGGUUAAAAGAGGAAGAAGCAUCAUUGACCUUUUCUAGCGAAGUCAUUAAAACGGAAGAAAUCGUCUCAUCCUCAAAUCAAACUGAACCAUGGACGGUACUUGUCCAUAAGAACCCUGAGAAAGACUGGAAACCUUAUAACCCAAAGACAAUGAGACCUCCACCUCUACCAAAGGGUACCAAGUCUGUGAAGGUUAUGACUUGGAAUGUUAAUGGAUUGAGAGCAUUGUUGAAGUUAGAGAGCUUCUCUGCUCUGCAGCUUGCCCAAAGAGAAGACUUUGAUGUGUUGUGCUUGCAGGAGACUAAAAUCCAGGUGAAGGAUGUUGAGGAAAUUAAGAAAACUCUUAUUGAGGGCUAUGAUCAUAGUUUCUGGUCCUGCAGCGUCUCAAAACUUGGUUACUCUGGAACUGCGAUCAUUUCACGGAUAAAACCGCUCUCGGUUAGAUAUGGUACUGGCCUAUCCGGAUCAGAUCAUGACAUGGAAGGACGCAUUGUGACUGCUGAAUUCGACUCAUUCUACUUGAUAAGCACCUAUGUCCCUAAUUCCGGAGAUGGCUUAAAAAGACUGUCAUACAGGAUUGAAGAAUGGGAUCGAACCCUCAGCGAUUACAUCAAAGAGCUGGAGAAGUCUAAACCAGUGGUCUUGACUGGUGAUCUAAAUUGUGCUCAUGAAGAAAUCGACAUCCACAAUCCCGCGGGGAACAAAAGAAGUGCUGGUUUCACAAUAGAAGAAAGACAAUCCUUUGGAGCAAACUUCUUAGACAAGGGCUUGGUGGAUACCUUUAGAAAGCAACAUCCUGGUGUUGUAGGUUACACUUAUUGGGGUUAUCGCCAUGGUGCCCGUAAAACCAACAGAGGAUGGAGACUGGACUACUUCUUGGUAUCUGAAUCGAUCGCAGCCAAUGUCCAUGAUUCUUACAUUCUCCCUGAUAUCAACGGCAGUGAUCAUUGCCCCAUUGGCCUUAUUCUCAAGCUCUGACUUAUUCAAAGCUUCACAGUUCCUCCUAGUUUUUGUUGGUGUUUUGACUAAAGUUCUAAAUGGCUUUCAGCGAUAGAUUCACAAGUUUUUGCUUCUACAGAGAGCCGUGCUUAUGUGAACUAUAUGAAUUAUAUAUCUCUAUUUGUAAUGAUACCCCCAAACAGAACAGUAAGUUCCUAGUCUUGGCCAAUCUAUGCUUAUGAUUUAGUUUCAUUG